CCCCCCAAACCCCCCCUUCUCCAUAUCCUCCGAAAUCCGCGCAAGAAACCCAAGUGGCACAUAGGCCAUCUCGCCACCAUGUCCGCUUCCACAAAGCAGGCUGCGACCACCGUCGCUCAGCCAUCGGGCAAGCCCGUCACCAACGUGAUUGACCCCGAGCGCGACGACUUUAUCGUUCCCGACAACUACGUCACCCGCACAGUCGAGAACAUGAAGAUGCUCCCCCCCGUCACAUGGCGCAACCUCCACAAGAACAUUCAGUGGAUUUCCUUCCUUGCCCUCACCAUCCCCCCCGCAAUGGCCAUCUACGGCCUUUGCACCGUCCCAGUCCAGACAAAGACUUUUAUCUGGUCUGUCGUCUACUACUUCAUCACUGGUCUCGGCAUCACCGCCGGCUACCACCGUCUUUGGGCCCACCGCUCCUACAACGCUUCAAAGCCACUCCAGUACUUCCUCGCCCUUGCUGGCGCAGGCUCGGUCCAGGGCUCGAUCAGAUGGUGGUCCCGCGGCCACCGCGCCCACCACCGCUACACCGACACCAAACUCGACCCCUACUCGGCUCACGAGGGCUUCUGGCACGCUCACAUGGGCUGGAUGCUCAUCAAGCCUCGCGGCAAGAUCGGUGUCGCUGACAUUUCCGACCUGAGCAAGAACCCCGUCGUCAAGUGGCAGCACAACAACUACGUCGCCCUCCUCUUCUUCAUGGGUCUCGCUUUCCCCACUCUUGUCGCUGGUCUCGGCUGGGGAGACUGGUGGGGCGGCCUCUUCUUCGCCGGUGCCGCUCGCCUCGUCUUUGUCCACCACUCGACCUUUUGCGUCAACUCGCUUGCCCACUGGCUCGGUGAGACCCCCUUUGACAACAAGCACACCCCCAAGGACCACUUUAUCACCGCGCUUGUCACCGUCGGCGAGGGCUACCACAACUUCCACCACCAGUUCCCCAUGGACUUCCGCAACGCCAUCAAGUGGUACCAGUACGACCCCACAAAGUGGUUCAUCUGGACCAUGGCUCAGCUCGGCCUCGCCUCGCACCUCAAAAAGUUCCCCGACAACGAGAUCAAGAAGGGCCAGUACACCAUGAAGCUCAUGCAGCUUCAGGAGCAGUCUGAGAAGCUCGAGUGGCCCAAGCACUCGAACGACCUUCCUGUCAUCUCGUGGGAGGACUUCCAGGCCGAGUCCAAGACCCGUGCACUCAUUGCCGUUCACGGCUUUAUCCACGACUGCUCGUCGUUCAUUGAGGACCACCCCGGAGGCGCCCACCUCAUUAAGCGCGCGAUCGGCACCGACUCGACCACUGCCUUCUUUGGUGGUGUCUACGACCACUCCAACGCCGCCCACAACCUUCUCGCCAUGAUGCGCGUCGGUGUUCUUGACGGCGGCAUGGAGGUCGAGCACCUCAAGGUUGGCCGCCUCACCCGCUCCAACUCGGCAGACUCGCUCGUCUCGGACGCGCCUUCCAGCGCAUCCUCGACCGUGUCGGCGUCGUGUCCAACCCCUGGACGCUCGCCGUGCCUCCUUCGGAGAAGUAUCGCAUCAUCCGCACGUCCCCCGAGAUCCGCCCAGGACUCAUCUCGCGCAUCCAGAGCGCCGCCUCGCCCAGCCUCACACGGGCAGCGAGCUUUGACGCUCCUGUCGCGCCUUAGAGCUUUUUCUGUUGAGCACCCGGGUUUCCACUAG